AUGAUAGUUCUUUCAUGGAAUAUAAGGGGUCUUAAUGACCCUGUGAAGGAUUUACAGAGUAAGAAUCUAAUUACUUUUGUAUAUGGUCUUCACACCAUUCAUGAUAGAAUGCAAUUAUGGACUGGUCUUAAAGGGCUGCCUAGUGCUUCUAUUCCAUGGCUUUGUGUUGCAGACUUUAAUUUUGUCCUGUCUGUUUCUGAUAGGUUGAAUGGGGCUGCUGUUUCUGAAUAUGAAACUAGAGAUUUUCAACAGUGUAUUGAUGAUCUGGCUCUAGUUGAAAUAAAGAGCAAAGGUUCCUUCUAUUCUUGGGGUAACAAGGCUCACUCUGGUCCUAGAACAUUUACUAGGAUUGACAGGGGGCUUGUGAAUCAAGCCUGGAUAAAUUUUUAUGGUCAUGUUGAAGCUCUUUAUCUCCCUCCUUCUCUCUCUGAUCAUAGCCCUCUUGUUUUCAACAUUUUUCAGCCUCAACCUGGGAAAGGGAAGCCUUUUAGGUUUCUAAACUAUUUGGCUGAGCAUGAAAAUUUUAUGAGUUCUGUUGAGGGUGCCUGGCAAAGUUCUCAUUCUAAAAAUGCUAUGAAUGUAGUCUGGUGCAAGCUCAAACAGGUGAAGGGUGUGCUGAAGACUCUAAAUAUUCAGAAGUUUGGUGAUAUUCAUGGUAGAGUUGAGGAUGCUUGUAAUCAACUUAGUACUGUUCAGCAUCAAAUUUCUGGGGAUGAAGCUAACACUGACCUUUAUGGUAAAGAAAUGGAAGCUAUUGCUAAUGUUAAAUAUUGGCUGAGGAUUCAAGAGAGUAUCUACAAACAGAAAUCCAGGGUAGACUGGAUGUAG